GCUGCCGCCGGGGGCGGGGGCCCCUCGCCUUUGCUCCUAGGCCCUCGCGGCCACCCGUACGCGGCGCCCGUGACGUGGGGCGGCUCCGCGCGCCAAAUUCGAAGGCGGGUGCGGGCUGGGCGUGAGCGCGGCAGCCGUUAUUUCCAGGGCGGGCGGGCGGGCGGGCGGCCCCGGUCCUGCGCCGGCGGGCAGAGCGCGCUGCUCCGCCGCCAUGGCCACCCCUCCCAAGCGCGGCCGGCUGGACGGCAGGAUCAAGAAGGUCGCCGUCGAGGGCAAUAUCGCUGCAGGGAAGUCGACAUUUGUGAAUAUUCUCAAGCAAGCUGAUGAGGAAUGGGAAGUUGUUCCUGAGCCUGUAGCUAGAUGGUGCAAUGUUCAGCAAAACUCUGAAAAGGAUUGUGAGGAGCUGACCACAUCGCAGAAGAGUGGCGGAAAUGUGCUUCAGAUGAUGUAUGAGAAACCAGAGAGGUGGUCUUUCACUUUCCAGACGUAUGCAUGCCUCAGCAGGAUCCGGGCUCAGCUGAGGUCCCUUGAUGGCAAACUCAGAGAGGCGGAGAAUCCUGUGGUCUUCUUCGAGCGAUCCGUCUACAGUGACAGGUACAUCUUUGCAGCUAAUUUAUAUGAGUCUGAUUGCAUGAAUGAAACUGAAUGGACUAUAUACCAAGACUGGCAUGACUGGAUGAGUAAGCAGUUUGGUCAAAGCCUAGCACUGGAUGGGAUCAUUUAUCUCAGAGCCACUCCUGAGAAAUGCUUAAAUAGGAUUUACUUGCGUGGAAGAGAUGAAGAGCAAGAAAUUCCCAUUGAGUAUCUGGAGAAGCUUCAUUACAAGCACGAAAGUUGGCUUCAGCACAGGACAUUGCGAAUGGAUUUUGAAUAUCUUCAGGAAAUACCUAUUUUAACGUUAGAUGUUAAUGAAGACUUCAAAGGCAAAAAGGACAUAUAUGAUCACAUGACUGAAAAGGUCAAAGAAUUUUUGAGCACGUUAUAAUCCUCUUUGAAGCGCAGGCAGAGUCAAGCUGUUCCAAACAUCUGUGUGAUCAAAGUCUGAAGUACAGCUUCUGCUUUUAUAGAAGGCCUCUGGAGAGGCAGGACUCAAUCCUGUUGAUAUAAUUGUGAGGAACAAACAAACUUUGUGAAUAGGGAAAUUAUUAAAUACAUCAGUAGGUCUGUUGAGUAUUAUAUUAAGUAACACACACAGAUUCUGAAGAUACUAGAAUUCUGGGAGUUCUCAAACGUUGUGCCUGUUUCUAAUCAGACAAAUAAGUUCUUCUGGAGUAUUCUAUUGUAUUUUUAAUUUAUUUUGUGCCCAGUAGCUAUUUAAUUUUCAAGAAGGUAAUGGGUUUUUAGAUCUCUUGGUUUUUUGUUUUGUUUUGUUUUUUGGGGUUUUUGUUUUUUUUAUAGUGGAAUUGAUUCGUAAUGGAUGUCUCAUUGUUCUGAGGAAGAAAAAAACCCAAAAUAUUUCUGCUGGUGAGGGAAUUUUAAGAUAACCCAGAGUUUUAUAUUGUAAGGUAUACAAAAAAAAGAAAGUAAUUGACAAAUUUGAUAGGUGAAGUUCUUCAUGGAAUGCACUGAAUUAAAGGAGAUUUAAAUAUGGCUGAAAUUCUGUAGAUGCCAAAUGAGAUUUUAUAUCUUACAUUUUCAGUGUACACUGCAAACUACGAUAUUGAGAGGCUUUAGCUAUUCGUUAGCAUGUUUGGGGUUUUUCCAAUUUAUUGUUUUUUCAGCUCUUAAUAAAACAAAGCUGGUUUUUGUUGCUGGCAAGUUCUCUUUUCCUGUAAAGGACUAUGUUUUAUUGAUGGGUGCCAUAAAAGGAAAAAGAAAAUUUUGCAAAUGGCCUCCAUCUGUAAAUGACGUCUUUCUAAACCUUUCCUUAGUCACUUUUUGGAUGUCAGAGGAGGCUUCCUACUUUUGUUCCAGUUUCUCCAUUUGUUUACUGGGCCUUCUGGGUGCUUAUACAAGAUUCUGCAAUAUUGGAAGCAGGCUGUCCUUUCUCAUCUUCUUGUAGUAAGAAGGGGGGAGACCUCUGAUGGAAUAGCUGGUGUUCUAGUGCAUCUUGUUUUAUAAUCUGAGCCACUUUUGUUUCAGGUGCAGAAAAUACAAACUAUACAGGGCACACACCUUAAUACUGUGGUUUUGAGUUGCUUAGUUCUGCUUUAAACAUUUCUGAAUGAGUGCACAGUGGGCUUUUGAAUGCAGAAUUUUAUUGUAAAGCGUUUUAUUGUCUUUUGUGGUGCCUGUGUUACCUGUUAAUUUGAGAUUAAAUUUCUUCCUUUGUGGUUGCAAUUGUGUUGGUGUUCUCUAACCGUUGAAAAAUAAAAGUGCUUGGAAAGAC